GUGACGUCACGCCCUCAAUUCACUUAAAGCAAAUAAAUCCGUGUUUUCUACCAGUAAUCACUUGAUACCAGUGUGAUAUCUUGCCCAAAAGAAGGCUGUGAACAGACAAACGAAGGACAAAGAAUAUUUUGGGAAUCUCAAGAUAUAUAAUACAUUCAGUAUGGCACAGUACAAAGUUCUCGACCCCGAGCAGGAAGUUAUCUGUCCCUAUGACCCAAACCAUAGACCACGGGCAAGAGGCAUACAGUCACAUCUGAUCAACUGUCGCAAGAACAACCCACACAUGAAGUUGGAGAUCUGUCAAUUUAAUGCAACUCACCAUGUGCCAAGAUCAGAGUACAGACAUCACCUAAUGACAUGUCCAGACAAGGCCAUGAUGGAGCUUGAAUUUAGAUAUGAAGCAAGAGCUGGGCAGGUCCUGGGUGGUUGUACACAGGUUCCUGUAUACCAGGAUAUGAACAUACCAAGCAGUGAGGACUGGGAUGCUGAUGUACAAGAUGUGACAAAUACUUUCAAUGGAAUCAUUUUACACCGGAGUGGUAAUCAACCGAGACAACAGCCUAUAUCUUACAACUGUGGCUUGAAUCAAACGUACAAUAAAUCUGGGAAACAGGCUACUUCUUUCGACACCAGUCCUAAACAGCCAAGAUUUCAGCCUGUUGAGCAGCCAGUAUCAAGCAUAUAUGCUUACAGCGUUAGUCGUGGGCGAGGGAGAGGUCGUGGACGAGGGUGUAGAAUUGAGCAAACAGAACAAGAUAUCGUAUGUAACCCAGAAAAUAGCUUUGGUCGAGGUGGUGGGGCUGGACCGAGUCUGGUGUCAGCUCAGCUUGGUUCUACUGUACCUUUUCCAAAAGGUUUGGUGGAAAAGAGGUUCUAAACUAAUGACAAUCUGGAACCAUUCUCUUUUGAAGACCAAAUUAGUGGUGUAUUACAGACCAACUAGAGUGGCCGAUGAUAAAUUUGGACUUCAGAUGAGAGUUUUUGAAGCUGCUAAGAAAUUAAUCCUUAUCAUGGGAUAUAUAGAGUAAUGAGAGUGUGUAAUGACUAUUAAAACACAAUUAACUAGGAAGUUAAUGUUGUGUUUUUUAUUGUACAUAUACAUAAUCACUUGUAUAUUGCUUAUAUGUUUUUUAGCUCACCUGUCACAAAGUGACAAGGUGAGCUUUUGUGAUCGCGCGGUGUCCGUCGUCCGUCGUCCGUCCGUGCGUCCGUCCGUCCGUCCGUAAACUUUUGCUUGUGACCACUCUAGAGGUCACAUUUUUCAUGGGAUCUUUAUGAAAGUUGGUCAGAAUGUUCAUCUUGAUGAUAUCUAGGUCAAGUUCGAAACUGGGUCACGUGCCGUCAAAAACUAGGUCAGUAGGUCUAAAAAUAGAAAAACCUUGUGACCUCUCUAGAGGCCAUAAUUUUCAAUGGAUCUUCAUGAAAAUUGGUCAGAAUGUUCAUCUUGAUGAUAUCUAGGUCAAGUUCGAAACUGGGUCACGUGCACUCAAAAA